UAAAAGCCCUGGCCUUUCUGGGGAAUGGCAUCAGUCAACGCACUUCCUCCAAUCUUUGAGAACGUUCGUCCAACACAAACCCAAAACAAAUAUCAACAUGAAGUUCCUCAUCUGCUUGGCUCUCUUCAUCGCCGCCGCCCAGGCUCAUGUUGUGGCUCCCGCUGUGGCCACCUAUGCGGCUGCUCCGGCCCUGACCUACGCCGCAGCCCCAGGCCUGGCCUAUGCCGCUCCGGUGACCACCUACUCCGCCGCCUAUCCACGUGCCUACUCCGCCUACGCUCCUUCGGUCUACUCCUCCGCAUAUCUGGGAUCGCCCUCAGUCUAUUCGGCCUACGCCGCACCCGUCACCACCUAUGCCGCUGGCCCCGCUGUGGUCUCCACCUUGCUGAAGAAGUAAGCGCUUUGGAUCGAUCAAAUGAAAUGGAAUUAUGCCAAGGAUUUGUGAAAUUAAAUGAAGUUGAAAGCUAACCCAUAAA